CCAAAAACCUGAGGAAACAGACACAAGUUCACCGCCAUGGCAUGUAUCGGCGAAUUCCCGGACAAGAACGACGAUGAUGUUUUCAGGUACCUGAUCGUGAGACCAGACAAGGGUGGGAUUCGGGACCUUUUGAGCUAUUCAUUGUCGGGUGACAGAGACAGUGUGGUUAAGUUCCUUGAAAGCUCCGACCAGGAUGCGGUGCUGGCCGGUGGAGAAUCCGCCGACCACCGGUGGGUCAUUCUGGUUUCCAUCGUUGCACGCAAGAUCCUUCACUUUCUCGGCAAGCCCAUGGAGUUAACCGGUUAUGUGGUUGAUUUCUUCCUCAAUCUUCUUUCUCAGAACGGCUCCAUCUUUGGCUUGUUCUAUAAUCUUCUCAAGGGAGAUGUAGUUAUACCGAAGAGAGGCACCGAGACUUUUAUUAGUACUAUUGGACUCAUAGAUUCGAGAAUGGACCUUUACCAAGGCAAACAGUUGGUGGAAGAUUUGCAUAAUUCUGCUCCAGGGGAGGGAAUCACGAAUGUCGAAUUCGAUAACCGAGCAAUGAUGGACCUCUGUUUGAUGGCAUCCAAGCUAGCAUAUGAAAACGCCGAGGUUGUAAGGAAUGUCGUGGUUAAUUUUCUGGACUUCUACGACUGCUGGGACGAUUACCAAAAGGAGAAAUCCACUCAAGUUUUUCUGUUAUGUGACAAGCCGAAGGAUGCGAAUCUGAUAUUGAUCAGCUUCCGUGGCACGGAGCUUUUUGAUGCCGAUGAUUGGAGUACUGAUUUCGACUACUCUUGGUACGAAAUUCCAAAUUUAGGAAAGCUUCAUAUGGGAUUUAUAGAGGCAUUAGGUUUGGGUAAUAGAGAAGAUACCACUUCCUUUCGUUAUCAUCUUCAGAAGAGGAGCACAAAGCACAGCUUUUCCGAAGCUGCAGAAGUAAAGUCCUCAAAUGUGGAUCCCCACUCUGAACGAUCUGCUGGUAUCAGUAACAAGGGCAUCCCACCAGAAAUGGCGGAGAAGACCGCAUACUAUAUGGUGAGAGAAAAGCUCAAGACCUUGUUUGAAGAGCACAAGAAUGCUAAAUAUAUUGUCACUGGGCAUAGCUUAGGAGGGGCUCUCGCAAUUUUGUUUACUACGGUUCUCAUGCUGCAUGAGGAGACAGAGUUACUCCAAAAGUUGCUCGGGGUAUACACAUUUGGACAGCCGAGGAUUGGUAACAGGCAGAUUGGGAGGUUCAUGGAAGCUCAUUUAGAUCAUCCGGUCCCCAAAUAUUUCAGAGUUGUUUACUGCAAUGAUUUGGUGCCCAGGUUGCCCUACGAUGAUAAAACCUUCUUGUAUAAGCAUUUCGGGGUGUGCCUUUACUACAACAGCUGUUAUAUCGAGCAGAGAAUGGACGAGGAGCCAAAUAAGAAUUACUUUGGGAUAACACAGAUAAUCCCGGUGUAUCUCACUGCGGUUUGGGAGUUAAUGAGAAGUUUGGCCAUGGGAUACACCUAUGGCCCUGAGUACAAGGAAGGAUGGUUCUCCAUAUUUAUCAGGGCACUAGGAUUGUUAAUUCCUGGUAUAUCAGCACAUUGUGUAACAAACUAUGUCAACUCCAUAAGACUCGGAAAGUUUCGUGGUAUACGAUCCUCCUACUAGGAAUCUUCUCAGCGCAUAAGUCUUUAUCUCUUUUACAUGUGUUACUACUAGCUUUGUACUCACCAGUUUCGAUCUGUACUGCAGUCAAUCAAGAAUUUGUUUCCGGAA